AUGUACGGCUCAGGGCCCCAGACGGGCAUCUCCACGCCCCGAUCGCAGGCCUCGCUGCGUCCCCUCAUUCUCUCACACGGCUCGCUCGAGCAUACGCUCCUUAUACCCACCGCCCUCCACUAUAGCGCCUCCGCGCUGAAAGAUGCCUUCAAUGCCACCCUACCAGAACCCACGGACGAGCUCGCGCAGGACGAGGAACCGUCGUCCGUCCCUGAGCUCGUUGCUCGGUAUCUCGGCUUCGUUGCUCAGGAGACAGACGAAGAUCCAGAGUCGUUCGAGGAAGUGCUCAAGGUUGUGUUGAACGAGUUCGAGCGCGUGUUCCUUCGCGGGAACGACGUGCAUGCUCUCGCCGCCUCGCUACCGGGAAUCGAGCAGAAAAAGCUCAUAACCGUUAAGGGUUACUAUGCAGCUCGCGCUGCCGCCGGCAGGCCAAUUAAAACCCACGAAUCCGCCCUUUUCCGGGAAGCCUCGGACGACAAUGCCUUCAUAUACUCGGUAUUCGGAGGUCAAGGCAACAUUGAGGAGUACUUCGAUGAACUGCGCGAGGUGUACCAGACGUACCCAUCCUUCCUUGAAGACUUCGUCGCUGCUGCGGCAUCGCACCUGCAGCGGCUCUCCCGGGAUCCCAGCGCUGAAAAGCUAUACCCGAAAGGACUCGACGUUAUGCGAUGGCUGCACAACCGCGAUUCGCAACCGGAUACCGACUACCUGGUGUCUGCGCCAGUCAGCUUGCCCCUGAUCGGUCUUACCCAGCUUGCCCACUACGUUGUGGUCUGCAGAGCCAUGGGCACAAACCCUGGCCGCCUACGGGAACGCAUGAGGGGUGCAACCGGCCACUCGCAAGGUGUCGUGACGGCUGCUGCGAUUGCAGCGUCGAGCGACUGGGUCACUUUCGACAAACACUCAAGAGAUGCGCUGACUAUCCUCUUUUGGAUUGGGUCUCGCAGCCAGCAGGCUUACCCUAAAACUUCCAUAGCACCUGGUAUCCUGCAAGACUCAGUGGACAGCGGUGAAGGCGUGCCUACACCCAUGCUUUCCAUCCGAGACCUUCCUCGCGCCGCGGUCCAGUCUCACAUUGAUGCUACGAACCAGCAUCUACCAGAGUACAGACACGUUGGCAUCUCGCUAGUUAACAGCGCUCGCAACUUCGUCGUUACCGGCCCGCCGAUCUCUCUCUAUGGUCUCAACCUCCGGCUGCGAAAGGUCAAGGCCCCAACUGGGCUAGACCAGACGCGUAUCCCGUUCACUGACCGAAAGAGUCGUUUUGUGAGCCGCUUUCUGCCCAUCACCGCUCCUUUCCACAGCCCCUACUUGGCGGAAGCGUCGAAGCUUCUCGACGACGACCUCAAGAACAUCGUCUUGAGCAGCGAUGAGCUUGGCAUUGCCAUGUACGAUACGAACACCGGAAAGGAUCUCCGCAAGGAGAAGUCUGCUAAUAUCGUGCCUGCGCUGGUACGGAUGAUCACACAUGAUACCGUCAACUGGGAGAAGGCGACCGUCUUUCCCAAAGCUACCCAUAUCAUCGACUUCGGCCCUGGAGGUAUCUCAGGCCUUGGUGUCCUUACCAACCGCAACAAGGAUGGCACUGGCGUCCGCGUCAUCCUUGCGGGCGCUAUGGACGGCACCAACACUGAGGUCGGCUACAAACCUGAGCUCUUCGAUCGUGAUGCGCAGGGUGUGAAGUUUGCCCCGAAUUGGGUCAAGGAGCACGGUCCCCGGCUGGUCAAGACCUCCGCAGGUCAAACCAUCGUCGACACAAAGAUGAGCCGAAUGCUUGGUCUGCCACCAGUCAUGGUCGCCGGCAUGACACCUUGCACCGUGCCUUGGGACUUUGUCGCAGCCACGAUGAACGCUGGCUACGAGAUCGAACUUGCUGGUGGCGGCUAUUACAACGACCGCACCUUCACCGAGGCCAUCACGAAGAUCGAGAAGUCAAUCCCCGCAGGCCGCGGUAUUACUAUCAACUUGAUUUAUGUCAACCCUCGUGCCAUGGCCUGGCAAAUUCCCAUGAUGGCACGACUUCGCGCUGAUGGCGUUCCUAUCGAUGCUCUCACCAUCGGAGCCGGCGUUCCCUCCAUCGAGGUCGCUAAUGAAUACAUUGAGACUAUUGGCAUCAAGCGCAUCGCAUUCAAGCCUGGCUCCGUAGAAGCCAUCCAGGCGGUCAUCAACAUCGCCAAGGCCAACCCGAUGUUUCCUGUCAUUCUCCAAUGGACUGGCGGUCGCGGUGGUGGGCAUCACUCUUUCGAAGACUUCCAUCAGCCUAUCCUCCAGAUGUACAGCAGGAUCCGCAAGUGCAAGAAUCUCGUCCUCGUUGCAGGCAGUGGUUUCGGUGGUGCCGACAACACUUACCCAUACCUCACCGGCACCUGGUCUACCAAGUUCGGCUACCCGCCGAUGCCCUACGAUGGAUGCCUGUUUGGCAGCAGAAUGAUGGUUGCUAAGGAGGCUCACACGUCCAAGGCCGCCAAGCAGGCCAUCGUCGAUGCUCCUGGCUUGGAUGAUGGCGAAUGGGAGAAGACCUACAAAGGGCCUGCUGGUGGUGUUAUCACCGUCCGGUCUGAAAUGGGCGAGCCCAUUCACAAGCUCGCAACCCGAGGCGUUCUGUUCUGGGCGGAGAUGGACCAGAAAAUCUUCAGUCUGGACAAGGCUAAGCGCGUGCCCGAACUCAAGAAGAACCGCGAGUACAUCAUCAAGAAGCUCAACGACGACUUCCAGAAAGUCUGGUUUGGGCGCAACUCAGCCGGCGAGUCCGUCGAUUUGGAAGACAUGACCUACGGUGAAGUCAUCCGACGAAUGGUUGAUCUUAUGUUUGUGAAGCACGAGUCCCGAUGGAUCGAUAAGAGCCUUGCUCGUUUGACCGGCGAUUUCAUCCGUCGGGUGGAAGAGCGUUUCAGUGCUGGCGCCGGCAAGCCGUCCAUCAUACAGAGCUACUCUGAGCUUGACAACCCAUUCCCGGUUGUCGAGAAAGUGCUGCAGGAGUAUCCGGAAGCGGACAAUCAGCUCAUCAACGCGCAAGAUGUACAACACUUGCUUCUCCUCUGCCAGCGCCGAGGCCAGAAGCCAGUUCCCUUCGUACCGGUCCUCGAUGACACUUUCGAGUUCUUCUUCAAGAAGGAUUCUCUCUGGCAAUCAGAAGACUUGGAAGCCGUUGUAGAUCAAGACGUCGGCCGAGUAGCCAUUCUGCAGGGUCCCAUGGCUGCGAAGUACUCGACGAUUGUCGACGAGCCGGUCAAGGACAUUCUGGACGGUGUUCACCAGGGUCACAUCAAGUACUUGACCGAGGAUCUUUAUGGCGGUGACGAGUCCAAGAUCCCCACCAUUGAAUACUUCGGUGGCAAGCUGCUCGAAGCCAGCGAUAACAUCAAUGUCGAAGGCCUAACUGUCUCUGAGGAAGCCGACAGGCACGUUUACCUACUGUCUAAUGCGCCUAACGCCACCCUGCCUGAAACCGAUCAGUGGAUGUCACUCCUCGCAGGCAGAGAGUAUUCAUGGCGCCAUGCUUUCUUCACUGCCGACGUCUUCAUCCAAGGCCAGCGAUUCCAGACUAACCCGAUGGCCCGCAUCUUCCGGCCAACCCCAGGCAUGUCAGUUGAGAUACUUCACCCGAGCGACCCAUCCCGGACUGUCAUCAAAGUUAGGGAGCCGCUUCCGGGUGGCAAGCCCACUCAGACCGUCGAGGUUGGCCCUCUUAGUGAGCGUGAGAUUGUGGUUAAGAUGAUCGAGCAGCGGACCGCCACUGGCAAGCCCCUCUCGCUGGAUCUUAAAUUCACAUAUCACCCAGAGACUGGCUAUGCCCCUAUUCGCGAGGUUAUGGAAGCCCGCAAUGACCACAUCAAGGAGUUCUACUACAAGAUAUGGUUUGGAGAAGACUCUGUUCCUUUCGAUGCCUCAGUCACGUCUAAGUUCGAGGGCGGCAGAGCUACUGUCACGAGCGAAGCCAUUAACGACUUUGUCCACGCCGUUGGCAACACCGGUGAGGCCUUCGUCGACCGACCGGACAAGGAAGUCUACGCUCCUAUGGACUUCGCCAUCGUUGUGGGAUGGAAGGCUAUCACCAAGCCAAUUUUCCCUCGGGCAAUCGAUGGUGACCUUCUCAAGCUGGUUCAUCUGUCCAAUGGCUUCAGGAUGAUUCCUGGUGCCGAGCCUCUUAAGAAGGGCGAUGUGCUGGACACCACCGCUCAGAUAAACGCAGUCAUCAACCAGGACUCUGGCAAGAUGGUCGAGGUCUGCGGCACAAUUACCCGCGAGGGCAAGCCUGUCAUGGAAGUCACCAGUCAGUUCUUGUACCGUGGCGCCUACAGCGACUUCGAGAAUACUUUCCAGAGGAAGACGGAGACUCCCAUGAAUCUGCACCUGGCGACAAGCAAAGAUGUUGCUAUCCUGCGCUCUAAGGAGUGGUUCCAUCUGGAAGACCCUGAUGUCGAUCUCCUGAACAAGACUUUAACCUUCAAGCUGCAGUCUUUGGUUCGCUUCAAGAACAAGACUGUCUUCAGCACUGUGGAGACUGUCGGCGAGGUUCUACUUGAGUUGCCCACGAAGGAGGUCAUCCAAGUUGCGUCGGUCGAGUAUGAGGCUGGUGCAUCUCAUGGUAACCCAGUUCUCGACUACCUACAGCGCAACGGCGCGAAGCUCGACCAGCCCGUCACCUUCGAGAACCCGAUCCCGUUGAACGGCAAGACCCCGCUGACCCUGAAGGCACCGGCGACGAACGAGACAUAUGCUCGUGUCUCUGGCGACUACAACCCCAUCCACGUCUCGCGGGUCUUCGCCAGCUACGCCAAUCUGCCCGGCACCAUCACUCACGGCAUGUACUCAAGUGCUGCCGUCAGGAGCUUGGUGGAGACUUGGGCCGCCGAGAACAACGUCGGCCGCGUGCGCAGCUUCCACGCUUCGCUGGUUGGCAUGGUCCUACCGGAUGACUUGAUCGAUGUCAAGCUCCAGCACGUCGGCAUGGUCUCUGGGCGCAAGAUCAUCAAGGUCGAGGCUAGCAACCGCGAGAGCGAGGAGAAAGUCCUGCUCGGUGAGGCGGAGGUUGAGCAACCGACAUCUGCCUACGUCUUUACUGGCCAAGGCUCUCAAGAGCAGGGCAUGGGUAUGGACCUGUACAACAGCUCGCCCGUGGCUGCUGAGGUCUGGGACCGCGCCGACAAGCACUUCAUGGACAACUAUGGUUUCGCUAUCACCAACAUCGUGAAGAACAACCCCAAGGAGCUCACCAUCCACUUCGGUGGUCCGCGCGGCAAGGCCAUCAGGCAAAACUACAUGUCGAUGACUUUCGAGACCGUCGCCGCGGACGGCUCGAUCAAGUCCGAGAAGAUCUUCAAGGAGAUCGACGAGAACACCACAUCUUACACCUACCGCUCGCCCACCGGCCUCCUAUCCGCAACGCAGUUCACACAGCCCGCCCUCACGCUCAUGGAGAAGGCGAGCUUCGAGGACAUGAGGGCCAAGGGUGUCGUGCAGCAGAACAGCUCCUUCGCCGGACAUUCUCUAGGCGAAUACUCCGCUCUCGCAGCGCUAGCAGAGGUGAUGCCGAUCGAGUCCCUCGUCUCCGUCGUCUUCUACCGCGGUCUCACGAUGCAAGUCGCCGUCGAGCGAGACGAGGCCGGCCGGUCGAACUACAGCAUGUGCGCCGUGAACCCGUCGCGCAUCAGCAAGACCUUCAACGAGCAAGCCCUCCAAUACGUCGUCGAGAACAUCGCCGAGACCACGGGCUGGCUUCUCGAGAUCGUCAACUACAACAUCGCGAACGCGCAGUACGUGUGCGCGGGCGACCUCAGGGCACUGGACUGCCUGACCAACGUGACCAACUACCUCAAGCAGCAGAAGAUCGACAUCCAGGCGCUGAUGCAGAAGAUGAGCCUCGAGGACGUAAAGGCGCACCUCGUGGAGAUCAUCCAGGGGUGCGCGCAGCAGACGGAAGCGAAGCCCAAGCCGCUAGACCUGCAGCGCGGGUUCGCGACCAUCCCGCUCAAGGGCAUCGACGUGCCGUUCCACAGCACCUUCCUGCGGUCCGGCGUCAAGCCGUUCCGCAGCUUCCUGCUCAAGAAGAUCAACAAGACGAGCAUCGAUCCGCAGAAGUUGGUCGGGAAGUACAUCCCGAAUGUUACGGCGAAGCCGUUUGAGCUCACCAAGGAGUACUUUGAGGAUGUGUAUCGCUUGACGAAUAGUCCGAAGAUUGGGAAUAUCUUGGCGAAUUGGGAAAAGUAUGAGGAGGGCAAAGAGCAGAAGGCUGCGGUGGCGGCGUAG